AUGGUUCUACCAUUAUCUCGCGAAAUAAAUGGGUGCCUACUAUAUUUCCCUUCUCUCUUUUUUUUCCUUUUUCUUUUUUCUUUUCCCUUUUCUUCCUCUUUAUUUUCCCUUUCUUCUCAUUUCGUUUUCCCAUUUCUUCCCGCUUUUUUUCUCCUAUUCGUCCGUCAUUAUUUUUCCUUUCCUUCCUUCUUUCUUUUCCCUUUUCUUCUUUCUUUGCCCUUUUCUUCCCCUUCUUUUCCCUUUCUUUUCACUUCUUUUUCCCUAUUCUUCCUUCUUGUUUCCCCUUUUCUUCCUUCAUUAUUUUCCCUUUUCUUCUCUCUUUAUUUUACCUUUUCAUUCUCUCUUUAUUUUUCCUUUUCUUGCCUCUUUCUCUUUUCUUCUUCAUUGAUUCUUUUCCCUUUUCUUCUCUGUUCUUUUAUUUCCUUCUUCCAUUUCUUUCCGCUUUUCCCCCCUUUUCGUCCCUCAUUAUUUUCAUUUUCUUCUUUCUUUUCCCUUUUCUUUUUUCUUUUCCCUUUUCUUCUUCCUUUUCCCUUUUCUUUUUUCUUUUCCCUUUUCUUCUUCCUUUUCCCCUUUCUUUUUUCUUUUCCCUUUUCUUCUUUCUUUUCCCCUUUCUUUUUUCUUUACCCUUUUCUUCCUCUUUAUUUUCCCUUUCUUCUCAUUUCGUUUUCCCAUUUCUUCCCGCUUUUUUCUCCGUCAUUAUUUUUCCUUUCCUUCCUUCUUUCUUUUCCCUUUUCUUCUCACUUCCUUUUUCCAUUUCUUCUUUCUUGUUUCCCCUUUUCUUCCCUCAUUAUUUUCCCUUUUCUUCUUCCUUUUCCUUUUUCUAUUUUUCUUUUCCCUUUUCUUCUUUCAUUACCCUUUUCUUCUCCUUUCUUUUCCCUUUUCUUCUCACUUCUUUUUCCCAUUUCUUCUUUCUUUACCCUUUUCUUCUCACUUUCUUCUCUCAUUUCUUCCCUCAUUAUUUUCUCUUUUCUUCUCUCUCUAUUUUCCCUUUUUAUUCUCUCUCUAUUUUACCUUUUCUUUCCUCUUUCUCAUCCCGUUUCUUCCCAACUUCCCCUUUCUUCUUCGUUGAAUCUUUUCCCUUUUCUUUUUAUCCCUUUCUCCUCCUUUGACUCAUUAUCUUUCUUUUUGAGCCGCCCGACCAAAUUAUCUCUCGAGGAGUCCAGUGUCGCAGCUGCUAAUGUUUACUCUUUAUUGCCUAUUGUGAGGCUAACGGUAUGUGUUGAAUAUGAAAUUAUCUAUCUAUCUAUCUAUCUAUCUAUCUAUCUAUCUAAACAUGUUCCUUAUCUAUCUAUCUGCUCACACUGGCACAAUAUCGUUUUCUUUCUUUCAGAUGUUACGCGCGUCUCCUCUCCCCUCUCUCUCUCUCCCUCGCUCUCUCUUACGCGCUCUCUCUCUCUCUCUCUCUCUCUCUCUCUCUCUCUUCUUCCUUUUGCAAUUAAGGUGCGUCUUUGUCUUUCUCUAUUUCCGCAUUUCUCUCUCACUCGCUUUCUCACUUUCGCUAUUUCUUCGUGUCUCUCUCACUCGCACGCGCGUCUUCUCCCGUUAACCAUUUACGUGCGUCUCUCUCUCUCUCUCUCUCUCUUUAUCUCUCUCUCUCUUUAUCUCUCUCUCUCUCUUUAUCCUACCUUUUUUACAUUAACCUCCUCUUUUCACUUUGUAACUAAUUCUUUUCAUUUUUUCCUUUUCUCUCCAACAGUUUCUUUCUCCUCUUUUGACUUGUAUCUUCUUUUCUCUCUUCUCUCCUUCCUUCUCUUCUUAAUUCCCCGCCAUUCACCAUCUUCUCACUAA